GAGCGAGCAGCGGAUGCUGCGAGGCGCAGGCAGGUGCUCAGUACCUGCAGUUCUGCGCGUCUAUCUGCUGCUAAAGGUGGACGCUAGUCGAUUCUCCCGAUCGAAUCGACUCGUGAUGCGGCCGACGCGAAUCCGCUUCGCGCCCUCGUGUCACACGUCACGCCGUUGCCACGCUUGCCACGAAAAACACCCCGAAACGCGGUUUCAGUGCCACCUAUUGUCUCCCCGUUUAAUCUCAUCGCCACUCUCGUUCUAUGGAUUAUGACGCAGUCGCCACUAAUGUCAUUAUGAACCAGCUCUGUAAAGUUUGCGGCGAGCCAGCUGCAGGCUUCCAUUUUGGAGCUUUUACGUGUGAAGGAUGCAAGUCCUUCUUCGGACGCACCUACAACAACAUCAGCUCGAUAUCCGAGUGCAAGAAUAAUGGAGAAUGCGUGAUAAACAAAAAAAAUCGCACUGCUUGCAAGGCGUGUCGCCUGAGGAAGUGCCUCCUGGUGGGCAUGUCAAAAUCGGGCUCGAGAUACGGAAGACGAUCCAACUGGUUCAAGAUCCACUGCCUGCUGCAGGAGCAGCAGCAGCAGCAGCAGCAGCAGGUGGCGGGUAAUAUGGCCGCCGCCGCCAACAACCUGCUACGGCCGCACCCCUACUUGAGUCCACUGUUCAACCCCUUGGCUAUGACGCACCAGCCGAUGAAUCGGCCGUCGAUGCGGGACUCCUCGUCCGACAGCGGCGCGUCUUCGGCCGACCCCGAGGACGACUGCCAACGCCCCGCCAGCGCUUUCAGCUACGCCGGCAAAUCCUCCCUCAACUCCCCCGCCAGCGACUGCAACUUCUUCGCGGGCGGGAAGACCAGCGCCACCGUAGUUCCUAGAUGGCUUCCUCCGGCGCCGUCGCCUUCGGUGCACAAAGGCGCCGCCCCCUCGAUAGCGGUAACCGCUCCCGACGACCAAGAGCAGCCCAUCGAUCUGUCGGUCAAGUCCAAGGGUGCCGCGGACGUCGAGUUGAGCGAUCACGAGGUGAGCAUCGACGUGGUAGGCCAUGAGGAUGCCGUCAAGGCCACCGGCCCUCUGGAUCUGACUCUCGUCGACCGAUAAACCACCCAUGUUGCGAAUUGAUCAGUUUUAGGUUAGUAUGGCAAAAAUAUAAACUAUUGUUUACCUUAAUCGGAUUCAUGUGCCUUGGCAAGGAAGUUAUCCUAGAUAGCACUAGUCUGCAAGAUAUUUUUGGAGGAUGAGUUUUAUCUUCAAUUGGUCCAUGACCUAGGCCCUUAAAAAUCAUUUAGGCCAAUCGGGUUAGGUCACUAUGAUAGUUCGAAUAUCCCACCUUAAUUACCUAAUUUUGGGCUGUUGAUUUCAAAAAUGCCACUCGUUUUGCCUUUGGGCGACUAGGGUUCGAAUUGCGUAAUAAAAUGCUUUGCCCAAUUAUCUUAAAAUGUAAAAUGUUUUUUGUCAAAAUUUAUUAAAUCUUGUCAUAAAAAA